AUGGCUGUGGCGACUUUGUAUCGGCGAUCACUUACCUCUCCUCCUGCGAUUGACUUUUCUUCUGCCGAUGGCAAGAACAUAUUCAAAGAAGCGGUUCAGAAAGGAACUAUGGAAGGAUAUUUCAGUUUAAUUUCUUAUUUCCAGACGCUGUCUGAACCUGCCUUUUCUGGUUUGGCUAGCCUUUCAGUGGUCUUGAAUGCCCUUUCCAUCGAUUCCGACAGAAAAUGGAAAGGAUCUUGGAGGUGGUUUGAUGAAUCAAUGCUGGAUUGCUGCGAACCUCUUGAGAUAGUGAAAGAAAAAGGGAUUUCAUUUGGAAAACUUGUGUGUUUGGCUCAUUGUUCAGGAGCUAAAGUGGAAGCUUUCCGCACAAGUCAGAGUACCAUUGAUGAUUUCAGGAAAUUCGUAGUGGCAUGCUCAAUUUCUGAGAAAUGCCAUAUGAUCUCGUCAUAUGAUAGAGGAGUGUGUAAGCAGACUGGAUCUGUUCACUUUUCACCUAUAGGUGGCUAUAGUGCUGAAAGAGAUAUGGCUUUGAUUCUUGAUGUUGCCCGGUUCAAGUAUCCUCCUCACUGGGUUCCUCUUAAACUUCUUUGGGAAGCCAUGGACACCAUUGAUCAGUCAACAGGGAAACGUAGAGGGUUCAUGCUCAUUUCUAGACUCCACAAAGACCCAGGAUUGCUCUAUACCCUGAGCUGUAAGGAUGAAAGUUGGAUCUGCAUAGUCAAGUAUUUGAAGGAAGACGUUCCUCGUCUUGUAAGUUCACAGCAUGUAGAUACUGUUGAUAAAAUCUUAUCAGUUGUGUUCAAGUCACUUCCGUCCAACUUCAACACAUUCAUUAAAUGGGUGGCUGAGAUCCGAAGAACAGAGGACGCAAAACCAGAUCUUAGUGCAGAGGAGGAAUCAAGGCAAAAGUUGAAGCGAGAUGAACUGACGCAAGUGCAUGAAACCGAACUGUUCGAGCACGUGAGCAAGUUCUUAACCUCAGUGGGCUACGAAGAGAAUCUAUCAUACGCGGCUGCAACGGCUUGUUGCCAAGGAGCUAAAGUCUUAUCCGGAUGCUCAUCAAACGAGUACUAUUGUCGCGAAACUUCUGUGAAAUGCAUCAAAGGUCAUGGGCCUUCUGGAGUGGAGGAAGCCACAGUUAUAGCCGGAGUUGUGGUUCGUGACGGUAGCGAACAAGAGGUUGACCUAUUGGUGCCGUCGACUCGACCUGUCUCGAAAGGAAGUGAAUAUUAUAGUCCGGAGGCAAAGUAUCCAUCAGGCAGCGAUGCAUUCACCGCGCUUCUGAUGGCUUUACCUCCACAGACAUGGUUUGGAAUCAAAGACCAAGCUCUUCAAACCAAAAUGAAGAAGCUGGUCUCCGUUGGCACCUUCUCGACUAUGCAUCACGAAGAGGUAUCUCAUCUUAGGAGACAACUUAUAAUGCUAAAGCGAUGCCAAGAGAACAAGGAAGAGGAAGACCUCACCGCUCCUCUCUCUUAAUUCAAUCUAAUUCCAAUUUCUCAAAACUCUAUAUUUGCAAACAACAAUGUGGAAGUAUGUAACAUAUGCAAAUCUAUAUACUAUGUAAGCUAUUAACCAUAUAGUUCACUCGAGAACGUCAAAAUCAGAGGAAACGAUGUAAGCAUAAAAUCUUGCAAAUAAUUCAUUUGUGACAAUGUUGACAUCCGAGUACUAUAAUUCAUGUCAUAUGCACAACAUUGCCGUUUGUUACUCAACUAUCCGGAUGCGAUAUACGCAAAUAAGAACAUGUAAAACAAGUUCCAAAGAUUUGCCCUCACACACGAAAAGUCUCUUUUAUACAUAGUUCAACCAUCAUUGUUUGGUUCCACAAAAGCUUAUAAACCGAUGUAUAAUAUACAAAGACUGAAAAAAGGGUUCAACCUUGAAAA